UACAUGUACUCUGGUAACGGGCCUUUGGACUGGAAAGUAAUUGGUCUUGACCAAAACCAAUCAGAUGGGCAAUCCUAUGCAAUACACAUCAAUAUUUACCUAACGGAAAUCAAUCGAUUCAUUGGCAACUCAAGUUACUUGGACGGUAGUUGAACAUAUUUUUUUUGUCAGGAGUGGUGUCUCUCAAGGAAUUUACAAUGGAGCCGAUAGAUCCUAUGGAUUCUUACGCUCACCGCAGGUUUCCGGCUUUCGACAAAUCCAUCCUGCAUGACAGAAGUUUGCCAAGCUCUCUCCGGCACUCGGCGCCUGGACUACCCUUUUUCGAACCACAGGUGGAAUAUCCGGACACCAAGCGACUUCUCAGGCACCGACCAGUCACUGAAGCUCUGAGGUUGUUCUGGUUAACCCACGGACGCGACACCAAACCCAACAGUAAGCAGCGCUCGAACUCCUGUGGUGUGAUGGAGAGACGCCUGCGGCAGCCACCGAGUCAAGUCCGCGACAGGGAGCGAGAAUUGACUUCCGCCAAAUAUUAUACAGCCGUGACAAGAAGAAAUCCGAAACCCCCAAAGAGUCCAGAGUAUGAUGCGUUGACCAGAUCGUUUGUGCCGAUGCCGAAUCUCUUCGAUGACGAUAUUGAAAGGAACUACACUCGAAAGAGUAUAGAUAACUGGGUGAACGAAGUCGCAAAGCCAGUGUCACCACCAGUCAAGGUCACAGUGCCCUACCCCUGCGACACACCUGAACCCACACUGAAGCGUAAACCCAAUCCGCUACAGUUCAAAAAGUGUAUGUACUAUAACGCAAACCCACCCAUUCCAAAAAGAAACUAUUACAUCAAUCCAGAAUGGAUAUCGGAAAAUUUGAGGAGUAAUUUACAAUUUGGGACACCGCCACUGAAUAAGUUACGGGUUAAGCCCCUCAGAUGAGGUUGAGACGAAGACAAUGUUUUCAAAGACGUUUUGUCGUUCUCGUGCUUCUCAUCUGGCAACUGUCAACUCGGCCAGGAGCUGUAGAAAUUCUGUAGACAACAGUCCACCACUUCUAGAAAUGCACUUGGCGUGAUCGUGACCGAGUUAACAGAUUGAAAUCUAUUGACGAUUCACUACAAUUACGAGUAUGGAUUUUAUACACACGCAUGCACAGAACUAUUCUAUUGGAUUUCAAAAAUACUUCAUGCGAGGAUACAUAUCUUCCAAUAUGGAUAUGGAUAAAAACACAAUAAUUGAGGAGCACUCUGAACUUAGCACAUUCUGUGAUAUUUCGUGUGUUUUUAGACUUGUGAAUGAACACUCUACCAUUGGUUUUGUUGGGUUGCUGGUGAACGCCUCGCCUCACAACAGUGUCCCUGGAGACAAAAACAGGUGAUCAAUGACAUUGACAAGACGAAUAACGCCGAUAAAUGCAUCCACGUCGUUUGUGAGCAGGGCCAAAGAAGCGACCAUUGACCCCCGAUUUCCUUCGGAUGGCGACCUCCCAGAUUGUCGCAAUUUGUUUGGUUGCAGUUUUACUCGCUGGCGAUAUAUUUUAAAUACAGCCCCUGUCUUAAAGGGGCUGGUGUGGGCCGUCUUGACCUUACAAGCGUUAACAGCACAGCGUCGGAUAGAAAGAUGAGAUGCCUAACCGCAAGCAGGUGUUGACCAGCGCAAGCCACAACCCUGUCAUCACAACCGCAGUGAUCAGAGACCAACUGCGAUUUUCCUAACUUUCGCUAUUGUAAUGUUGACUGUCAAAUUAAAAAGAA